AUGAAGGAUGAAAAACUGAAAUACGGUGAGAAGGAACCAGCUGGGGAGGAAGAGAGAGCAAAGAAAAGAAAACAAAAAAAGUCCAAAAGGAAGCGCCAUAGCAGCCCUUCGAAUAAUGAGGAUUUGGUCGUUGGUGAAACGGAUGUAAGCCCGCGAAAGAAGAAAAAGGCAAAGAAGAGCAGAGAUGUCGCCGAUAAAGACCAGGAGUCGAAUGUAGAAGAGUCACUGGAGGGUUCGUUGGUUGAUGGAGAAAUUGUACUAAUCGAUCGAAAGUCUGGCAAAGUCUACUCAGGUCUUGAGCGAGGAGAAAAUGGAGGACGCAAGGAGAUUGGCAAAGCAUCAGAAUCUGGAUCUAUUGACUUGUACAAAUCUGAAAAAGGGACUGUCAAAAAUACGGAAGAAAAUGCUGAAAUUGAAAAACCGGAAUUUCCUUUUGAAACUGACGCCGAUGAUCAUUGUGAAAGCCCACUGCAGGCAUACAAAGACAUCGUCCCAUUUUUGAAAGAUUUCAAUGAGAGAAAAGCUUCGACUGGUGAAUUGUGUAUCUAUGAUCCCUAUUUCUGCAAUGGAGCAGUCAUAGAGAACUUCAAUUCAUUAGGCUUUAGCAAGGUAUACAACCGAAAAGAAGAUUGCUACAAGGUUUGGGGCACAUCUUCCUAUCCCUCCCAUGACUUGCUGGUGACUAAUCCGCCUUACAGUGGAGACCAUAUUGAGAAACUGAUUGAUCACGUUACAUCAAAGUCGUUUGGAAAUCGCCCUUUUCUUUUGCUGAUGCCUCAAUGGGUGCACAAGAAGGAUUACUACAUAUCCAAGACAAAAGGAAUUCGCCCAUUUUUUGUGGUACCACGCAAGCGCUACAUUUAUCUUCCCCCCCCUUCCUUUCGCAAAAGCAAAAAGAGUGAUGUUCACAAAAAGUCCUCUCCGUUUGUGAGCAUGUGGUUUGUUUGGGGCGGAACUACCCAACAGAACGAGCGUUGGCUCUCCGCAAUAUCGAAACGAAUAACAGAUUGUGAUAUUGCCAGGAGCAAAAGUGCGCUUCGGGACUUGAGGCGGAAAGGAAAUAUGAAGAAAUAG